AUAGAUCUGAAGAAGAAGAACAAGAAAAAACAAAACAGCAGCUUCACUAAAUUGUGUCUCCAGCCUCUCUUUGUCUGUGUCUGGCCCCUAACCUUAUGGACUAGAUUCCUCCUCAGGUGAAUUCUUCAGUGUGGGAUCCUUUUUUUGUUCUUUUGGGGUAUUUCUUUUCAGAUUUUUUUGUUCUGAUCAAGAUGCAGACACAGUUGGCGUGUAUGCUUCUCCUCUGUUUAACAUGUGGUGCACUUUGUACAGAUGUUGACCAGGAGCAGCGAGCGCUAGAAGAGGAACUACUCAGCAGUCUCUUCACUUCCAAGAUGAAACAGAAUAAGCAGAGUGCCCCCUAUUGGCGCGUGUCUCUGGCCAACCUCUGUAAGAUGCUGAGCGCCCUGCGCCAGGAGGCGUGGAGUGGGGAGGAGGAGGAUGGGGGUCUGAGGGAGGGGAGCCUCCAGCUGCUGGAUGAAAUGUACAACUUGCAACACAUCUGCCGAGUACUGCAGAGCCGGGAGGAGAGGCUACUCCAAGACUCUCUAGAGUAUUCAGAGGAGAACAGCGACGCUCCACUGAAACGAAAGUCACCCUACAUAUUGAAGAGGCAAGUGGGGCACAUCACUAAGACUCGGCGGCCGUACAUCUUAAAACGAAGUACAUUUUACUGACAUCCCAGAGACCGCAGCACCAUUUUAAGGGACCGGACCACAUGUUUUGUGUAAUUAUGUGAUUGUGUUUAUUUUCUGUCUUCUUGUAGAUGCAGUCUUUUUUUUUUCCUGUUCCUUUUUAUCCAAUCAGACCCUUUGAUUGUAUGUCCAACAGAGAGGCCUGUCUUUAUCCUGCUCCUGAAAAUAAAAUCCUUAGCAUCAAAGAAAUAGUGUAUCUCUGAGAAACUGUAUUUAUGUAUGCUAUUUAUUCACUGCAAAAUAAAUCUAUUUUGUUUCAGAAAUUAAAGGAUUCAUGAUA